AGUCAAGACACCUUCGACUAUAAGGUCCAGCGAAUAUUUUCCGUUGCUGUUUUCAGUAUCGAUAUUGCCACCAGACACGAUGGACGGUCUAUGGUCAGGAUUGUUCCUGAUGGUUUUUGYCGUGUACUGCGCGACCGGCCACGCAAACAAAUCAAAACUACCAGACGAAAACAUCACGGCUGGACACGAAUUGAGAAAACAACUGUUACAAAAUUACGACAAAGUAGUGGUGCCCGCUACAAGUAAAAAACACGUUCAUAUGAAAGUGAACACUGUAUUCAACAGUGUGGAAUUGAGUUACGAAAAGUCUCAUAUGAUAAUUUACGCCUGGUUAAAAGUGACGUGGAUUGACGAUCGACUGACUUGGAACCCGAACGAUUACGAACAAAUCAAUUCCAUAAUGGUUGAACACCAUGAAAUUUGGCAUCCAGACCUCAUGGCCUAUAAUAACAUCGAGGCCAACACCGUAGUGUACGGAUACACGCAGAGCCUCGUGUUCAACACUGGAGACGUGUUGUGGGUGCAGCCUGUGCAGUACAAAAUUUAUUGCAAAGCCGAYAUGACUCAUUGGCCGUACGAUACGCAGACCGGAAUGUUAAAAAUCGGAUCGUGGGUGUACAGCACGAACACGAUAAAUAUGACGGACACCGCGCACGAGAUCGAAAUCAUUUCCCCUCAAUCGGAAUGGCAGAUAUCUCGAAUUUCCAGCGAGAAAAUUACAAAACUCUAUUCGUGUUGCCCGAACGAACCAUACGACCACAUCGAGUACAACAUCACCAUCAAUCGCAGCUUCAAGAACUAUCAUCCGGUGAUUUUCGUGCCGGCCUUAUGUACAGCUCUCUUGAAUCUACUGGUGUUUUGGCAUUCGGUAGAUGACUGCAAAUACAAAUUGAUAAUAAGCCUAUUCAACGCAUUGAUUGUCGUCGUCAUUCUACAAGUUCUGUAUUCGAAAAUACCUCUGGUACUAUCCACUGUCCCGUUAAUUGCUUUAUACUACACGUACAACCUGGGACUGAUAGUUUUGACGGCUAUAAUAUCAGUGGUGAUAAAAAAUAUGACAAUAACACGGAAACCACUUUCAAAACCAAUUUCAAGCAUCGUUCAAUCCAAAUUUAUAGAGUUCCUAGCAAUGGAAGUGAACGAACCAUCUUCGAGCAACGGAACUCAAAAYGAAGACAAAGAAAUAGAUUUACAAUAUAUAGAGAUAAACAAAAGACAGACAUUCGCUAAAAUAAUCGAUAAAAUAUGUUUUAUUAUUUUUUCAAUUAUUUAUGUUAUUCUUCUAUCACGCUUUGUGUUUUAGUUGAUGAAAAUAAUAUAUAUAUUUUUAUUUUGUUAAGUUAUUUAUCGUUUACAAUAACAUACAAU